AUGAACGUCAAUACUGUAGCCAACGAGACCGAUUUCUUUAAACGGGAACGACAAAAUUUCAAAGAAGAAGUAUCCAAGCAUUAUUGGAAAAAAUUCUGGGUGAUAGCUAUCUUGAAAACCGUUCAUAAAAAGAAAGGACUCGAACCAUCCAUUCAUCCCUUUUUUUCCAUGCAACGAUUGCAAUAUGUCGAUGAGAUGAGUUACAAACUCGAACGUGCACUCAAAGAAGUCAAGUUUAAUGAAAUCUAUGACGAAUGGACCAAAAUCCUGAGAGAAAGAGGUGUGUAUCAUCCUAUCUGGAAUCAUGAAAACAUGGAAUUUGUCAAAACCAUGAUCUCCGGAAACAAUGCAAGUAGAAUGCUAUUGGAGGAAAUUCUGUCAUUCAGAACAGAAGAAUUGGCAUUUUCGUACGAAUGUAUGGGGUUCACGCAUCAAGAUAUUGACAUCAUUUUUGAUUGGAUGAGAAUCACACCUGACGAACGUUUCAUGGCUGGAUUGGAUGAAGUGGAUGGUGUCGUGAUCGAAAAAACAACAUAA